AUGCAAGGCAGGCUGCCUCCUGCGUUAAUGAACCAAAGAAGCCAGCCUUGUUAUGCAAUCCGUGGACAGCCAGAGAUUUCAGGUCGGGCACAGGCCCUCGCGCGCGAGAAUCUUCACCGCAGGGUGAGGUUGGGCGCUCGCGAGGCAAGCGCCAGUUCACGCUUUGUCAUGAGUGGAUAUGUUGCCGAUGGGCAGCCUCCAGACCGUGUCGCAGAGCAAGAAACUGUGCGACAGGUCGAGCAACAGGAUCCAGUGGAUCCGGAAGAUUUGAUGCAAGCUGCAAGGCCUGCCUGUGCACGAAUUGACGGUUCAAACGCUACCAUGCCUGGCGCUCACAUCGAAACUGGCUUUGGCACAAUCGUUGGCGAAGCUGCAGAAGCUCAGAGUGGUAGGGACGAGGUCUCGGAAGAUAAUGAGGAGACAGUCUUGCGGAAGGUGGCAGUUCUUGGUUCGGGCACAGCAGCGGAGGUGCAGGAUGUGAAUUUAGUGGAGGGGGGUCCCACGACUGAGCAGCACACUGCCGCAGUGGGAGAAGAUGCCUCAGACGAGCAGCCCAGUUCUUCGGUGGUUGAUGCAGAAGUCCAUCAACCGUUCACUGAUGUGCCUGCUUCCAAAACGGCAGAAUGUAAUGUUGAGGUCCAAGGCAAGUGCACACUGCCCGAUGCAUUCGACGUCAUCCCUCCGGUGGAGUCGGAUCACGCCAGCGAGCAUGCCGAGCAGGCCGGGGCACCGCUGGAUAAAGGCAAGACCGACGACCUCAACUUUGCGCUCUCUCCGGAAGCAGACAUUGGUCAAAGCAAGAUUCUGGCUGGAGACGAGAGCGCAAUGCCGAGGUUUUCUCCGGUAACUGUAUGCGAGCAGCAAGGAGGGGACGCUCGAGGAUGCUUAGGCGCAGGAGCUGAGCCCUGCGAUAAAGGCAUCGUCGAACCCGAGGCCGAGCCUACCCUUGCGGUACCGAUGCUGACGAGGCAGUGCGAGCCGGACGAGUGGGCUCAAUGGGCUCACCAGCGAGAGGCUGCUGCGGGGCCUCCAGAGUUUUUGCCGCAUCUUCGGCGAUUAGCUGGACGAGUCUUCCUCCAUUAUGCCGGUGGCGAUUGCACAGCUCCUGGUGGCGUAGGCCUGAGCGGCACAAGGUUCCGCAGCUUCUUAAGGGAUUGCAGCAUCUUGAGUUCGGGUGACGGUGUCCCGGACACCGCGAGGACCCCGAGCUCCACGCCAGUCGAGUCGCAGAGACUCGACCGCCGAACGCCACCGGGACUUUUCAUGCGGCGCUCGUCGUCAGCCACCUCCCUGCGAACGGUGUCUUGGAAGGGAAGCAAGACUUUCUUGCAUUCGAACUUCUUUACACCUGGCUUUGGCGACAGCGCAGAAGCUGCUGCGACGGAACAUGGCAAGCUGCCACUCAGUCUCUGCCCAAGUCCCGUGAUGACGCGUGCAACGGCCGACCUUCUGUAUGUGCAGGCUUCGGGUCAACGAGAGGUGCACAUGACCAAAGAUGGCUGGUUCAGGGCCCUAGCCAGCGCUGCGCAGCAAUGUAUGGCUGCAGGCGUAGACGAGGAUGCGCCGUUGCAUCCUUGCACUUCAGCGGAGACGCUGAAUUGGUUCUGUGAGUGGGCUCUGGUCCCAUUGGCCGAAGCACUCGGCAUCAGUGAGCAGGACGUUCUGUUUGGGGCAGAAAUUCUGCGGCAGCCAGAGGUGUCCGCCUUGCUCCGAUCUGGCCAGCGAGGUCUGGACAUUGUAUUUGCGCGCUAUGCCCUUGCCGGCCCUGCGCCUCGAGAGCCGUAUAGGAAAGGGUACUGGAAUGCACAGUCGAUGCAGCGCUUUGCUGCAGAGUCAGACAUGUCAGCGGAACUCAGCCACCAGUGCUUGCAGCGAAUCUUCACCGGGUGUGUCCAGUACCAAACCAGCAUCCUUCGGGGAACGAAGGAGGGCAAGAU